AUGACAAUUCUCGGCAAAUUCAAGAAGCGAAAAGACCGCCAAAAACUCGUAAAGGUGCGGUCACCAGGCCCUCAAUUCAAACGACGACGAGUCAACUCUCAGCAACAUCGACUGGAAUCUCUUCCCAUGAGUCCCAUUGAACAACAUCUAGAGCAUCAUAAUCAAGAGCAGACGACAGAUUCCAUUGAAAUUAGCUACCGAGCGGCCAAGGAGAUGGAAGCGGAAGUGAAUGACUUGACGGCGAAUGAAAGCAAAAGUGCAACCCUGUGGGCGAUUGCGAGUGCACUUCAAGGCAGUCGAAGGGUGAUGGACGCGCAUGCCGACUUGGAGGAACGACUCCAUCCACUGAGGCAUAUGACAAGAAAGCUCGGUGAAAUCGUCUUUCGAGCAUCCAAACGAGACGAUGAUAGUAUGAAAAAGCGCUAUGCUCUUGUUAAUGCUUUGAACAAGGUUCAAAGGAGGCCAGAUUCGUUCAGGGUUAAGUGUUCCAACUGGGAAGAAGUCAAACAACAUCUCUCCUCCUCCUUUGAAUUCGCAGAGGAAGAAUCUGAAAAUGAUGGCGCCGCGGCCAACAAUCCCCUUACAGAAAGCGCGGGAACCAUCGCGACGAGCUUGGAACAAAGGCUUCAGGACUUGCGUGUCGACUAUCGGGAGAAGGGUUUGGCGUCAAUACAAAAAUGGAAGCAAGUUGUCAACUUUGGCUUUUUAGAUACAGAAAAGAGUGAACUAGCUGCAGCUCUCGACCGGGAUGAUGAAGCUCUGGAUCGCAAGCUUGCAGAAGCCGAGCGGGAGUACGAACAAGCGACAAAGAAGAAGCACAUGGAUGAAUUCGAAGAACGUUUCUUACAAAAGGAGCGGGAAGAAGAGGCCAAGAAACGAGCUUCUUCUCUGAUGCGAGAUCUCACCCCAGACGAGUCGUCACUAGUGCGUGGUGUAAUGUAUGGCAACGGACCCCCAACGGAAAUUUUGGCAGAAUCCGAAACAGAUACUGUACAGCGGCAAUCGAUCCAGACCUUGCGGCCAGGAGAGUGGCUUGGCGAUGAAGUCAUUCAUUAUUUUUAUCUCAUGCUUGCAAGACGAGAUGAAGAAAUGUGCCGUAAUGAUCCUUCCAGAAAGAGAAGCCAUUUCUUCAAAUCAUUCUUCAUUACCAAGAUCCUCAACGAAGGACACGCAAAUGAAGCCAUUAAUGGAACAUACGAAUACAAAAAUGUCAAGCGAUGGUCCAAGAAAGUUCCUGGAAAGGACAUCUUCAAUUUGGACAAGAUUAUCUUCCCCAUCAAUCAAGGGGGGAUGCAUUGGAUGUGUGGCGUAAUCCACAUGCAAAAGAAGAGGAUUCAAAUAUACGAUUCCAUGGGAUCUGGAGGUCACAAGUACCUACAGUGUCUCUUUAAAUAUGUGCAAGAUGAACACAAGGACAAGAAGAAGUGUCCAAUGCCGGAUAUUGAUGACUGGGAACUUGUUGGUACGACGUCGGAUACACCAAGGCAACGAAAUGGAUUCGAUUGUGGAGUUUUCACUUGCAUGUUUGCUGAUUUCGUGUCCAAAGAAUGCCCCUUGGUCUUUUCGCAGGAGCACAUUACCCAAUGCCGAGAACGAAUUGUCUUGGCAAUUAUGAAAGGGAAGGCUAUCAUAUGA